AUGGCUAAGGUUUGGGAUGAAGAUGCUGCUGUGAGAGCGGAGGACGCUGAUGAAGAAGCGCUGACCUCGGGGAGCAGCUUUGAAAGGACGAUCACAGUCGUGAAGGGCAACUCCAGCCUGGGGAUGACUGUGAGCGCGAUGAAGGCCAGUCUGGGGAUGCUGAUCCGCAGCAUCAUCCACGGCGGCUCCAUCAGCCGGGAUGGGCGUCUGGGGGUCGGGGAUCUGAUCCUGGCCAUCAACGGAGAGCCCACUGCUCACAUGACCAACGCUCAGGCCCGAGCCAUGCUGCGACGACACUCACUCAUCGGACCCGACCUGGGAUCUGCUAGUGCACCUGAGGACGACCUGUGCCCGUUUUAUGUAAUCACAUAUGUACCUGCAGAGUAUCUGGAGGAGUACAAGGCCAGCCUAGAGCAGACUACAGAGGAAGUCUCCGAUGAAAUCCAUGCAGUCCCAGCUCCAGAUCCGAAAGAUAUUCCUAACCUCCCUGAGCGGGAAGAUGGAGAGGGAGAGGAGAGUGCCUCUUACAGCAAUUGGAACCAACCCAGGAAAGUGGAGCUCUUCCGGGCGCCAGGCAAGUCUCUGGGUAUCAGUAUUGUCGGGGGCCGGGGGAUGGGCAGUCGGCUGAGCAACGGAGAGGUGAUGAGGGGCAUCUUCAUCAAACACAUCCUGGAGGACAGUCCUGCGGGACAGAACGGGACCCUGAAGACUGGAGACAGGAUCGUAGAGGUGGAUGGAGUAGAUCUAAGAGAUGCCAGCCACGAGGAGGCAGUGGAGGCUAUCCGCAAGGGAGGAAACCCCGUCACCUUCUUGGUUCAGAGUAUCAUCCACAGGCCCAGGUCUUCGAGAGCAGACUCCGGAGAGGACAGAGCUGCAGCUGUGACGAAAGACAACAAGGACAAGGAGGCUUACAGUCAAAGUAGACUUUUCCUCCGCCUCUCCCCAACUAACCCUUUCACUCCUACCCCAUUUAAGUCUGUGAAGCGUGAAGCGGUGAAGGCACCUCCCACCAGCGCCGUCCUCCCCCUGCCGGUGAUGCCCCAUGUGGGGGAGACUGACACCGACACACUGACGGAGAGUCCUGGAGGACCUGCAGAGGAAGAGGAGGAGCAGAGGGUGGAGCAGCAGGAGGAAGAGGAAGAGGAGGAUGAGUUUGGAUACAACUGGAAGAACGUCUCCCAGCGUUACGGCGGCCUCCCGGGGGUCCUGCACAUGAUGGAGCUGGAGAAGGGGAGGACGGGCCUGGGUCUCAGCCUGGCCGGGAACAGGGACCGCUCCCGCAUGAGUGUGUUCGUGGUGGGCAUCGACCCCAACGGGGCGGCGGGCAGGGAUGGACGCAUGGUGGUGGGGGACGAGCUGCUGGAGAUCAACGGGCAAGUCCUCUACGGACACAGUCACCAGAACGCCUCCUCCAUCAUCAAGAGCGCUCCUUCCAGAGUCAAAAUCAUCUUUGUCAGGAACACGGAGGCGCUGCAGCAGAUGGCUGUGGGACCGGUGAGAGAGCAGGAGGGGAGAGACAUGGAGGGGGGAGACCCUGAGGAGCCCCCCACUGAGCCAGAAACUACUGCUGCUAACGGAGACACUUCGAAAUAUAUUCAUCACGCCAUAAAGCUGAAGGAGGACGGAGGACUGGGCAUCACCUUCGUGGAGGGAAACACAGAGAACGGAGUGGAGAUUCAGAGUAUAUCUGAAGUGAGAGGACACACAGGGAAGGAGGGCUGUAUGAGACCAGGGGACAAACUCCUAACUGUGAACGGGGAAUCAGUGCUCGGCUACACUGUGGAACAGGUGAACUCUCUCCUGAGGACAUCCAAAGGUCCGGUGAAGCUCACCUUCUCGUCUCUCCCGUCCACCAGUGAGGAUGGGGAUUGCUCCGAUGGCAUCCUCCCAGGCUUUCCCAGCAUGCAUAGCAUUGCCGCAACGACUCUGAGUCAACCGGAGGCAGAGGCAGUGAUGAGUCCGAGUCGCUCCUCCACCCCCACCACGCUGACCUGUGACCCCACGACGUGUCCCAUCAUCCCCGGCUGCGAGACGACCAUCGACAUCUUCAAGGGCCGCACCGGCCUCGGCCUCAGCAUCGUGGGGGGCUGCGACACCCUGCUGGGGGCCAUCAUUAUCCAUGAAGUGUAUGAAGAAGGAGCUGCUUCUAAAGAUGGCAGACUCUGGGCAGGAGACCAAAUCCUGGAGGUGAACGGCAUCGACCUGCGAGUAGCGAGUCACGAUGAGGCGAUCAACGUCCUGCGGCAGACCCCCCAGAGGGUCCGGCUGGUGGUCUUCAGGGACGAGGCGCAGUACAAGGAGGAGGACCUGUGGGACUCCUUCAGUGUGGAGCUGCACAAGCAGCCGGGACAGGGCCUGGGCCUGAGCAUCGUGGGGAGGAGAUCACGGGAUGAGAGGAACGACACCGGAGUGUUUGUGUCUGACAUUGUGAAGGGGGGGCUGGUGGACACUGACGGACGGCUGAUGCAGGGCGAUCAGAUCCUGUCCGUCAACGGGGAGGAUGUGAGGACGAGCACGCAGGAGGCCAUGGCUGCACUGCUCAAGUGCUGCGUGGGGCCCAUCAACAUGGAGGUGGGGAGGUUUAAAGCCGGGCCCUUCCACUCUGAAAGAAGACUCUCUCAGAGCAGUCAGAUGAGUGAGAAUGGCAGCACCAGGUUGGUCUCUCAGGCAGACAACGGCCCUACUGACCCCGACAAACCAAACAUGUGUCUAGACACUCAAGAGCAUCAGGAGACCAGGACAGUGGAGUUCACUAAGGGGCCCCAUGACUCUCUGGGGGUCAGUAUAGCGGGGGGCGUGGGCAGCCCUCUGGGGGAUAUCCCCAUCUUCAUCGCCAUGAUGAACCCUGUGGGCCUGGCUGCUCAGACUCAGCAGCUCAAAAUUGGGGACCGCAUCGUCAGUAUCUGUGGGAGCUCGGCUGAAGGCAUGACCCACGCUCAGGCUGUCAGUCUGCUGAAGAGCGCCACAGGCACAAUACAGCUGCAGGUGGUAGCAGGCGGCGACACCUCUGUGACCGGACCCCCUCCGGAACCCCCGGCUACUGCUCUUACUCCCAGCUGCAUCUUCCAGGACGACCUCGGCCCCCCUCAGUAUAAAAGCAUCAAUCUGGAGAGAGGACCUGAUGGCCUGGGCUUCAGUAUAGUGGGGGGGUACGGUAGCCCCCAUGGAGACCUGCCCAUCUACGUUAAAACCGUGUUUGGAAAGGGGGCAGCGGCGGAGGACGGCCGACUGAAGCGAGGGGAUCAGAUAAUGGCGGUUAACGGGCAGACUCUGGAGGGCGUCACUCAUGAAGAAGCCGUGGGCAUCCUGAAGAGGACCAAAGGGACCGUCACACUCACUGUCCUCUCAUAAUACACACUCACACAUGUCAGAACUCAAAUUGAUUAGUGGGAUGUGCUUAAAUCUCCAGAGGUGAAAUGAUCACACUGCUUUAUUUCCUGAUAUUCACGAAGGAGCUUGUUAUCAUUAUUGAAUGUAGCUUUAAACACUGUGAUCCACGUAAGCCUACAGCACAUAGAUUAAAAAAAUAUAUGUUCCCUGAACCAGUCAUGUCAAGUUAAGUUCAUAAAAAGUUCUUAUUUUAAUCUCAAAGAGGUUGAAAAUAGUUUAAGGAACAACUCUCUUACAUUCCCUGGCUCUGGAUUGAAGUAUUUUCCUGUAUUUAAAUGAAUUGUUUGAUCAAUAUUAACACAAAAGUAUUUCUACAGAGAAGCCUGUUUUCAACGUUUUUAGCAGUCUGAUGUCUAUUUAUACCACAAUCAGAGGAUGAAACAGCAUGCAACUCCCUCGAGGUGAUUAGCAGAGUAGCUAAAUUGAGCUAAUUUCUGUAUUAGCUGUAAGCAGCAAUUCAUCGUGUUGAUUUUCCUGAAAGUAUUCAAAAAUACAUAGCCUAAAGUCACUGUUGUUCUAGCAAAAGUGUCCAAGAGAACAUUAUUAAAUGAUGAUGGCUAGAAGUCUGUAAAAAACGGAAAAAAUAUGUGAAGUCCUUAAAACUAAGAAGUGUGUCGUCGGAGUGCACACUUUACUAAAUGAGGAAUUGUUUGUGUGUUUGUGUGUCCUACUCACUGAAAUAUAUUGCUGCUAAAGCCGAUAUAUAAAAAGGUAUUAUGUAAGUAUUCUGAAUUCUUUAGUAUUAAGUGCACAGAAAAGCAAAAGGCCGGCUCACUAGGUUUGACUCUUUGAGGGUUUGAUUUAAUAACGGACCUGCUCUCUUACUGUUUACUGAAAAAAAGUCAUGUAGCGUGUAGCUCCUGAAGGCUUUAGGCAUGUGUUGUGUGCUCUAGUUUCUUUCUCUUCUCUGUUUUAUCACCAUAAAUAUGCAUUUCUAGCUCUGUCAAUGGGACAGUAUUGAAUUUAUUCACACUGAAUUAAAUAAAAGUGACCUUUGGAUUCAA